AUGCUUCGGAAAGUAUGGUCUUCGUCAUAUCAAUCUUCUGUAUCAUUCCAGAUCCUCUCUGAUCUUCAUCUGGAGGUUAGCCAACAAUACUCAUCUUAUGAGUUUCCCGCUUGCGCAGAGUAUCUUAUCCUCGCGGGUGAUAUCGGACGCUUAACGGACUAUAAUGAUUACCGCAACUUUCUGCAGAAACAGACUGACCGGUUUAGAUCAGUGUUUCUCUUACUUGGGAACCAUGAGUUCUAUAAUGAGACGUUUGAUACGGGAAUAGAGAUGGCAAAACAACUUGAAGAGGAUCCUUCAUUUGAUGGACGGUUGAUUGUCCUCCAUCAGAAACGAUACGAUGUUCCAGGUUCUAAUGUUAGUAUACUUGGGUGCACGCUUUGGUCAAAAGUACCCCAGGAAUCGGCCGAAGUUGUCCAGUCAAAAGUGAAAGAUUUUCAAAGAAUUUCAGACUGGUCGGUUGAUGACCAUAAUGCACGCCAUGAUUUUGAUUAUUCCUGGUUGAUGAAGGAGGUACAUUCGAUACAUGCGGAGAAUAGAACAGUGGCUAAAGACAGUAAACGACGGUCAAUUCUCGUUGUAACACACCAUGCGCCUUCGCUUCAGGGGACAUCGAACCCCAAACACGCUCAGAGUCCUUGGAGUGUUGCCUUUGGAACUAAUAUCCUGUCAGAGGUUCCGGACGGGGUGAAAGUCUGGGUGUUUGGGCACACUCAUUAUAAUACAGAUUUCAAGGAGAAGGGGGUACGAGUUGUGAGCAAUCAACGGGGAAAACAUACAACCACCAUGACCUCAAGAGGUUCGAAUCCCGUCUCGCGCCUUGCGGAAGCCGCCAAGGAGAAGGUUGCGCCAAGUACCUCCUCCAAGGCUAAGGAUCCCACCGAAAACUGGACCCCGGAGGAGAUGUUCGAGACCACGUUGGAUAAGAACGGCAACCCAGUACCCGAUGCCAUCUCGUAUAUCGAUGGGCCUAAAAUGACCCAAAAACGACAAGGUCCAGACGAGGGAGAUGUUUUUGACGCCGCCAAUCAAGACUUUGACUAA